AUGGUGGAAAGGGUCUACUCCUGCCCCGAUGGCUUCUUCCGAAAACACAUCGGUAGGCCUCGCACUGCGAACCAAAUCGGCUCACUGGUCGUGUGUCUGCCUUCCCACUUCACUGGAGGGGAUCCCUAUGUGCGACACAAUAAGCAAGAUCGCGAUUUUGACUGGAGCUCGGCCAGUUCUUCGACUAUCCAGUGGGCUGCAUUCUAUAGUGACUGCGAGCAUGAGAUUGUACCUGAUGGAGAUGAACUGUAUUGA